AUGUCUCGAGAAACAGAUCCCCUGCUGGGCAAUGACACACCAAAUGCCCAGCCCUCACGUCUCACCAAAUACCUGCGCGAGGAAAUCACUCCAGCCCAUGGAGAUCUCGUCCUUCUUUUCUGCUACAUCAUUACCGGUCUACUCGACAGCUCAGCCGUGUUUAUUUGGGGCUCCUUCGUCAGCAUGCAAACAGGCAACACCGUAUAUUUCGGCCUGGGGCUCGUCGGCGCCGAGGACGAUCGCUGGAUCAAGUCGGGAGUGUCCAUCGCAGGUUUCUGCCUAGGCUCGCUAUGCUUCGCCUCUUUCCAUCGUCUCUUCCCAGCGAGACGGAGAUGGGUAUUAUGUGCCUCGUUCCUGUUCCAGGCGCUGUGUGUGUCGCUUGCCGCGUUGAUCGUCACGGUUUUCCAGCCCGGUCGGGAUGCGCCCCUGAGUUGGCUCGUUCUAGUCCCGCUUGCGCUGGUCGCAUUCCAGAGUAGUGGACAGGCGGUUACGAGUCGUGUGCUGAAUCAGGCCAGUUUGACUAGUGUUGUUCUUACUAGCAUUUAUUGUGAUUUGUUUUCGCAUCCUGAGUUUUUGUCGACGAAGGUAGUCCGUCAUGCUGAUGAGAUGCGCCGCCUUGGUGCUGUGCUUUGCUUAUUGCUGGGGGUUAUCUUGGGUGGUCUCUGGGCUCAUAGUACUGUUGGCAUGAUGGGGGCCCUGUGGACAGCUGCAAUUCUGAAGUCGUGGAUCUUUGUCGCGUGGUUGGCUUGGGAAGGCAAAAGUGAGGAAGAUGUGUGA